AUGAAUUUUGAUCAUUCUUACAUUUUUCCAACAACAAACAUCUUUUAUUUAAAUAAGAAUGAAGUGAUCGUCUCUCAAUUGCGCGUCAAAUGCCAUUGUUGCCAUCGAGAAAUCAAUGAAACACAGUGUUCAGAGAAAGGUGGCGUUUUAUCGAUUUGCGGUCGUUUUCUACAUGAAGAGUGCUUUGCGUGUGUCUCGUGCAAGAUUCAUCUUCUGCAACCGCAUCGAAUUCCAUUCCGAUUUUCUAACGAAACCCUCAUGUGUCUUGAUUGCUUUCAAAUCGCUUUUCAUCCCAAGUGUACAGGUUGUGGCUGUGUGGUUCGUGAGAGAGGAUAUGUGGCAAUGAACAAUUUGUGGCAUCGUCAGUGUUUCCGAUGUGCUCGAUGUCAACAAGUGAUGCCUGGUCUCGACUUUAACGAUGUGAACGGGGUUCCUUUCUGCACGGAUUGCUCGUUCAUCAUCCAACUUGAGGCAACGAUUCCGCCAAAAGAA